AUGAAACGUCCAUUGCUGCCCAUUCUGCUCCUGGGAGAGGCGAUAUCAAUAUUGCGGAAAAUCAAACCUCCGCAAGCUUCGAAACUGGCUCGUUUUGUUCGCAAGCCGAAAGGUGUUCUGGGAACUGCUGCAUACUACGCAAAGGAGGCAUUCGUCCUAUUGUUCAUGAAUGCUCCGAAGCAGACCAACCUAGUGACCACUUCUACGAGCGAACGAUCUGCGAAGCUUGGACAGCCUUUAUCGCGAGCUGUGCGACUUCUCGAAGAUGCAGCGAAGCAAGACGACGCCGAUGCCGUGUUCCUCCUCGCCGAGCUCAGCUUUCAUGGCAACUAUAGCCAUCCAGUCGAUUACGAUCAAGCGUUCAAGAGAUAUAAGCAAUUGGCGGAUAUCAACGGCAAUGCUACAGCACAGUACAUGGUCGGCUUCCUGUAUGCGACAGGCUUGAGUCCAAGUAUACCUAUGGAUCAGGCGAAGAGCUUGCUAUACCACACAUUCGCUGCGGAAGGAGGCAAUACAAGAUCCCAAAUGACACUGGCGUACAGACAUUUGACCGGUAUUGCGACACCUCGCAAUUGCGACGAAGCUGUCGUUUGGUACAAGAUCGUCGCGGACAAGGCAAUUCGUUACUAUCGCUCGGGACCACCUGGAGGCCAUAGUCUGGUGCGCGACGCCUAUCGAAUCGCUGAUGAGGAAGGUGGCGUAUAUGGUGAAGGAGCCAGUGUGGCAUCAGCUGGACACAAUGCGAAGCAAGGUGGUCCAACAAGCGAUGCGUAUGCCGAUGUCGAAGAUGUUCUGGAGUACCUCCACCUGCAAGCGUCGAAAGGAGACCUCAAGGCGACUCUUGGACUCGCUAGACUCUACUACGACGGUGCCAGGGGUCUCAAGCGCGACUUCAAGCUCGCCAAGCAGUACUUCAUGGACGUUGCCAGAGAAUACUGGACUGCAAACAACAGAGUCAGGAAAGAUGUCUCUCACGGGACCGAGAAGCUCGCGGCGAAAGCUGCAGGCUACCUGGGCAGGAUGUUCUUGCGCGGCGAGGGCACUGAACAGAGCUUCAGCAAGGCAAAGAUCUGGUUUACUCGUGGCAUAGGCAGCGGCGACGCACUGUCACAGUACAGUUUGGGCUUGAUGCAUUUGAACGGAUUUGGUGUCCCUCAAGAUACCAUCAAGGCAGCCGAUUUCUUCGCCGCGGCAGCCGAUCAAGAUUUGGCAGUCGCUCAGACGAAUCUUGGCAUGCUAUUUCUUGACCAGGGAGACACUGCUACAGCCACCAAAUACUUCGAACUGGCUGCACGAAACAGCCACAUCGAGGCUUUCUACUACCUGGCUGAGAUGAACAACAAAGCCGUUGGCCGCGAUAGAUCGUGUGGAAACGCAGCUGCUUUCUACAAGAUAGUGGUCGAGAAGGCGGAAGCCAUCUGGUCAUCGCUCAGCGAGGCGGCAGAUGCCUACGAAGAGGGUGAAAACUCUCGUGCACUGAUCGGGUUCCUGAUGGCGGCAGAGCAAGGCAGCGAAAACGCCCAAGCAAACGUCGCAUGGCUGCUCGACCAAAGCCAGCCCAAAUGGUCUCCAUUCACCUGGAUAUCAUCCACCCAAAAGGCCGCAAGCAACGCUCUCAACGACGCCAAGAUCGCCCUCAUGCAAUGGACCCGAUCCGCCAAACAGCAAAACUACGACAGCCUCGUCAAGAUGGGCGACUACUAUCUCUCAGGCAUCGGCACAUCCCCUUCAGCAGAAAACGCAGCCGCAUGCUACCAAUCCGCCGCUGAGACCCUCCAAUCCGCCCAAGCCAUGUGGAAUCUCGGCUGGAUGCACGAGAACGGCAUCGGUAUCGAACAGGACUUCCAUCUCGCGAAGCGAUUCUACGAUCAAGCUCUCGAGACGAAUAGAGAAGCAUAUCUCCCGGUCAAGCUCAGCCUGUUCAAGCUCCGCUGGCGGUCGUGGUGGAACGGCGUCACGAAAGGCGGCGUGCACGGUAUCGAAGAAGAGCAACCCGAACGCAAGCGAAGGACGUUUGCGGAGUGGGUUAACGAUUUCCUCGAAGCCGAUGCAGCGUACUAUAAUGAAGUCUUCGAGGCAGACGACUGGGACGCUCAGCACGACCCCAUGCCGGGAGGCGAUGAAUACUGGGACGGAGAGGAUUACGAUGAUAGCGUGUUGGAGACGUUGCUCAUUGGUGGGUUUGUCGCUGCGCUGGGUUGGUUGAUCUAUUACAGACAGCAACAGCAACGACUUGCUGAGCAGAGACGGAGGCAAGGUGUUGAAGGACAGCAGCAAGGCCAAGGACAACCUCAGACGCAGCAGAACGGCGGCGAACAAGCGCCACAACAGCAGCAACAACCUCCUCCCGCGGGCCAGCAGCCGGAAGGAGGCUUCUUCCCUCAACCGGGUGAUCCAGCGUGGAAUGAUUGGGUCGCUGGUGGGAUUGGGCAUUAA